UCUUUAGCUCCAGACAUUUCAACUCUUCAGGUUCAUUUUUAUAAACACCUUACACUACUAAAAUGUAAGCAGUUGGGUGAAGAGAAAGAGAUAUCAGCUCAUCUGAAAAACAACAUAUUCAGGUUUAAGAUGAGCAUCACUGACAUCCUCAGCCCUUCUGAUAUUGCUGCUGCCCUUAGGGACUGCCAAGCCCCCGAUUCCUUCAGCCACAAAAAAUUCUUUCAGAUCAGCGGAAUGUCCAAAAAGAGCAGCAGUCAGAUCAAGGAUAUCUUCCGGCUCUUAGACAAUGAUCAAAGCGGCUUUAUUGAGGAAGAUGAGCUCAAGUAUUUCCUCCAGCGGUUUGAGUGCGGAGCCAGAGUACUAACUACUUCAGAAACCAAGACUUUUUUGGCAGCUGCAGAUCAUGAUGGGGAUGGCAAAAUUGGGGUUGAAGAAUUCCAGGAAAUGGUGCACUCCUGAAGGACUGAAGGCAACAGAGAAAGAAACAGAAAGGGAAGGGGGGAUGAAUCUGCAGGAGAUGAUACUCUAAAACUCUGUAAAUCAUGGAGUCCCCUUGUUUAUUUAUUAAUCUUCACAGUGUCUGUUAUUUGUUUGCUGCUCUAAUGAGGUAC